AUGAACGCCUGCUACGAUAAGACAGCCAAUCAAACAAGUGCUUACGAGAUCCUGUCGUGUGCUUGUCAUGUCCAACGCGAGAACUUGUGUUAUAUCAAGGCAGUCGAUCUAUAUGUGUUUACGAGUGUCACGAUGCGCCACCUCCAAGCCGCCAAUCCAGUUGAACAAAGAGUACUAGCCAUGAAUGGUAAGAUACAGGGCGCAGGUAGGGCGGGGCCAUCCUCACGGCUCAAUAGCAGCGUCCCCCCCCCCCCUUCCAGAAGUAUGGCGCAUCCUCCGGAAUUUUCCCACAUGAACCAUCAACUUGGCUGCCUUUCGAUCUCGCCUGCUUUACAAAUGGCUGAACCACAGUGGUCGAACGGUUUCAAUCCGAAUGUGUGGAAUGGAGUGGCAGCUGGUCGUGUCGAUCAUUCGGUCAGCAAGCCAAUCAUGGUAGCUAACGCUAACAACGCUAGUCAAGCCGCUUCACCGCAUUCGGAAUCUUAUGGGCCGGGCGUGCUACAAAUGGUUGUCGACAAUGUACUGAGUGGAUCGCCGGCAUCGGUCAAUGCGAAAUUUGGUCCCCCAAGUACAAGAGGAGAGGUGUCACUGCGCAUCAUCGAAGGAAAAAACGAAGAGAAAAGAAACGACAAUGGACCUGUGGGCCUACCUAUUCCAUACGGAAUGCCCAUGUUCAAUCCUCAGGGUGUGGAAGCACAAGGUGGAACACCAGAUUUCCAGAUGGCGCCGUUUCUGUUCCAAGGUGGUCAUGUCAUUGGUGGAAAUACAACGAUGCCAUUCGGCUCUGGUUCUCCAGCUGCACCGGGAUUUGGUUAUGGAGCCUGGAGUGGGAUGUACCCACCACACCAAGCGCCGACAACAUCAACGAGCGAUGAUUGCUUGAAGAAGGGUGGAGGUUUUCCAGGAAUGCCUAUCGGAGGUCCAGGAACGGUUUCAACGAAUAUGUUCUCCACAUCACCCCCAUUUCCAUAUCAGAAUCCUAUGCUGGGCGUUACAAAUAGUCUGUCGAACUUAUCGAUUGGUGGACAGCAGAUCACGAGCCCUCUACGUCCGGAUCAGCCCUUCCCUGGUCAGUCCAAUGCGUUACCGAAUUUGACGGCUCCUCACAUGAUGUAUAUGCAGUACAACCAGUCCAAUCCGCAAACUCCCACACUUGGCAACAGUCCAACAUUCUUUGGAAGUGCAAUGAAUGGUAUACAGAAUAUGAGUUUGGCACCGGGAAGCGCUUUGACGGGUUACGGUGCUUCUCGUGCACCUUUCUUCAAUCCACAGCCUCAACCAAACAAUGUGCCAGCGUUCAAUGGUAUGCAUCAGAGAAGACUUAUGGAUGAAGCUGGACCGAGAGUACCGGGAAAUCGCAGUCAUAUACUUGAGGACUUCCGUAAUAAUCGAACUCCUCCACUCCAAAUCACUGACAUUCUAUCGCAUGUGGUGGAGUUUGCUAAAGAUCAGCAUGGAUCCAGGUUCAUCCAGCAAAAACUUGAACGAGCGUCUGUCAAAGAGAAGCAACUGUUGUUCGAGGAAGUACUGGCAAAUGCUCAUGCGUUGAUGGUAGAUGUGUUUGGGAACUAUGUCAUCCAGAAGUUCUUCGAAUUUGGCACACCGGAACAAAAAGCGGCUUUGGGACGUUCUUUGAAGGGUAAUGUGAUGAAUCUGGCGCUCCAAAUGUACGGAUGCCGGGUGAUCCAGAAGGCUAUGGAGUCUAUCGAUGAGUCAUUGCAGCUAGAGAUACUCAAAGAAAUGGAGGGACAUGUGCUGAAGUGCGUCAAGGAUCAGAAUGGAAAUCAUGUUGUCCAGAAGGUCAUUGAGAAAGUCAAGCCGGAACGUCUUCAGUUCAUCAUCAACACGUUCACUAAGAAUGGACCCGACACGAUCACACAACUAUCAAUGCAUCCGUAUGGGUGUAGAGUCAUUCAAAGAGUGUUGGAGCACUGCUCGGAAGAACAGAAGCGGCCUGUACUAGAAGCACUGCAUGCGAAUAUGAGUACAUUGAUCGUUGACCAGUAUGGUAAUUAUGUGGUCCAGCAUGUCAUUGAACACGGCAGCAAUCAAGACAGAGAUAGAAUUGUGCAAGAGGUGGCAGGCAAUGUUUUGCGUUAUGCGCAACAUAAGUUUGCCUCGAAUGUCAUUGAGAAAUGCCUAAUAUGUGCUGGAAGUCAUCACAAAACGCUUCUUAUUGAUGAAGUCUGUGGCACGCCGAAUGACCCACAACCACCCAUUUUGCUUAUGAUGAAAGACCAGUUUGCAAACUACGUUGUACAGAAGAUGUUAGACAUCGCAGAUCCGGUGUAUCGUAAAAAGAUGAUGUAUGCGAUAAAACCACAUAUCCCGGUACUGCGCAAAUAUAGCUACGGAAAACAUAUAAUCACCAAACUCGAGAAAUACUUCCAAAAACAACAGUACAAUCAUGCACAGCACCAGCAUCCACAGUACGACAUGGCCGGAAUGCAGGUCGCAAAUGUUAAUCCCGCAGUGAUGUAGAGAGGCGAGCGGUGUUUCCCUUGGCGUUUACCUUCCUUUUUUUCUUUUCGUCCGUGUUGGCUGUAAUCGCAGUGAAAACUGCUCGGAUUACAAAAAUAUCGGUUUCUUUUAGCUCCACACUACCACAGAUGUGUAUUUUUUGAUUUUUUGCAGUGCUCAGCGACAGAAUUUCUAUCGCUUUUUCGUUUUAUCCACAGGUGUUAGUAGAGUCAUAUUUGUAUAAACUCCACGUUCAUAUAUAGCGAAGUGAACCGGAAUGGGUUCUCGUUAUCCCCCGUCAGCCACUCGCCCUAAGCACUGUCGAUCAAAGCGACAUGUAUGAUGAUUAUGUAAAGUUGAGUUGCGAAAAUUGUGUAUCUUCUUGUAUUCAUCUGUUCACACGUUUUGCUAAUCUUGUUAACUUGACCGUUUGUUUAUAUCAUAGAUUUGUUUGUAAUUAAGAUUGAUUAAGAAAGCUCUUCUUUACUGAAUAUAUUAGUGUUACCACUAUAUAGCGAUGCUUAGCCAGUAAUGAUGGCACAGUAUUCUGAUCUACAGAAAUCCAUAGCAAGCCUGUGCACAGCGCACGCAUAUGUGCAUGCCAAGGCGCUAAUUGGUUUUAGUUUCUCCAUAUCUUUCUCUAUUUUUUUUUCGUUUUGCGUGUUGGCUAGGGCACGUGGUUGUAUCAACCUUGUUGUGUUAUUACUUGUUACAUUGCUAGCGCAUAAAAAUCGUACCGUCUU